GCCAUCGCAAACCCCAUUCCUGCCGUACACAAGCUCGUUUGGAUAUGGUUUUCCUCACUCCGCACCUGAGUGCUAUGUUUUUUAUUAUUGCGAAAUAAAAUGUAGUCAAAUUUUUCUCUGUCUCAUGAGAAUUUGUGCGAACGCUUCAAAGCUGCCCACCUGCCGGCGCGAAAGCCAAGUCGUGUGCGCGCCAAGCGCUCAUUGUCCUGUUGUGGGGAACUGCGCGUGCUCCACACUACCCCUCUCCAGCUCUCUCGGCAUUCUACGUACAUACAGACAAGUGUAGAGCACAACACAUCAAGAGCGCAGGAGCAAAUAGAGAGAGAGAGACUUUACAUUGAGACUUCUGCGUGAAGCUCCUGCUAGUGCUGGCGUCGCCCCCUGCUGGAGCGGGUGAGUGGGACGCGAUGAGCUUGUGCGGCAGGAAGGCCCUGACGUUGCUAAGCAGCGUGUUCGCGGUGUGCGCCCUGGGCCUGCUGGGCAUCGCCGUCAGCACUGACUACUGGCUCUACCUGGAGGAGGGCGUCAUCCUGCCCCUCAACCAGAGCACCGAGGUACGCAUGUCCCUGCACUCAGGCCUCUGGAGGGUCUGCUUCCUGGCAGACACACCUGUCCCUGUGCAAGAGUUACCCACCGGUAAACCAGGGGAGGACAAGGGCCGGUGCUUCACCAUCGAAUACAUCAUGCCCACCAACGUCCAGAUGACCUCAGAGUCCACCGUCAGUGUGCUGAAAAUGAUCCGCUCCGCCACGCCCUUCCCCUUGGUCAGCCUCUUCUUCAUGUUCAUCGGCUUCGUCCUGAACAACAUCGGGCACAUCCGGCCGCACCGCACCAUCCUGGCCUUCGUCUCUGGCAUCUUCUUCAUCCUCUCAGGUCUAGCACUGGUUGUUGGCCUCGUGCUCUACAUCUCCAGCAUCAACGAUGAGAUGCUGAACAGGACCAAGACCAACGAUGCCUACUUCAGCUACAAGUACGGAUGGUCCUUCGCUUUCGCAGCCAUCUCCUUCCUGCUCACAGAGGCUGCUGGGGUGAUGUCCGUCUACUUGUUCAUGAAGCGCUACACGGCCGAAGAGAUGUACCGGCCGCACCCGGGAUACUACCGGCCGCGCCUGAGCAACUGCUCCGACUACUCGGGCCAGUUCCUCCACCCGGAGGCCUGGCCGCGCGGCCGCAGCCCCUCGGACCUCUCCAGUGAGGCCUCGCUCCAGAUGAACUCCAACUACCCCGCCCUGCUCAAGUGCCCCGAGUACGACCAGAUGUCCUCCUCGCCCUGCUGAGAUGCACCUCGCUCUCUUUCUCUCUUGCUCUCUCGCUCUCUCUCUCUCUAGCUCUCUAGCUCAAGCGCUCUGUUUCUCCCUGUCUUUCUUUCUCUCUCUCUCUCUGUUCCUCUCUCCCAUGCCACAUUGCACAGGUUGAGAGGGAUUGUACGGGAUUGUUGAGAGAACUAUGAUUUGAGAGUAAUGAAGGUGGGACUGAGAGAAAAAAGGUUAGAAAAGGUUCUAUCCCAUGAAAGCCGUUAUUAGGGAAAAGGUGUUCAACCACCUCUUGUGACAGCCUCUUUUAAGUCUGUAGAGACGUCGUCAACGUGUGUAGAAGUUGAAGAAGUUGAAGGAGUUAUGUUGCCAUGUAAAGAGAUUGUGUGACUCCAGUCUUUGAGUGUUCCCAUCUCUUCUGUACCACAUGGUUUUGCAGUAGCAGCCAUCUCGCAGUUUUCAAUAACAGCUCCUCAAUAACAACUCAACAAGUUCUCACCCUGUCUUUGUUUAACUAACACUCAUUCUCACUCUGCCCCACACACAUCACCAACUCCACACACACACACACACAAACACAAACAC